UGACAAAACAAACAUUGGAAAUCAAAAAUGGAAGGCGUCGUUUGGUUUUGAAAUGUAGAGAUUUUAUUCGAAAUUGUGUAUUAAAAGAUGUUGAAUCAGGUAUCAGUGGAGGCUGUUUAUUCAGCCACAUAUGUGGAAAACUAUUUGGACUGCGUUGAAAAUCUUCCAGACGAGUUACAACGUCUCAUCUCUAGAAUGAGAGAACUUGAUGUAUACUAUUUAGCUCGAGUUCGAGAAGUUUCCACCCAAACAGAGAAUCUCAAAAAUAUCAGCAAGGACCUACCUUCAAAAAGAGCCAAAAGCUUUCUGAGAAUGCAGCAAGCUCUAAUUGCAGCUCAGGAGCUAGGUGAUGAAAAAAUGCAUCUGUUGCAAGCAAUAUUAGACAAGAUUGAAAUCAAGACAAGGCUAUUAGAUCAGGAUUACAAGAACCUAGAUUUUGGUAAGGAAGAGCAGACCCCAGUGGAGGUGAAGGAACCUCCUGUGCCAACAACGCCAAUUGCAGCUAAUAAUAACAAUAAUAAUAAUAUAACUAGCAGCAAUACUACCUCUGCUCCUAGUAGUGAACGACCUGCUAAAAGGGCCAGGAGGGCUAGAAAUGAUACUUUCACAGAAAAUACCAAUCCUGAGCCUGUACCUACUGAGCAUUCUCUUAGAAGUCAGGAGGUGAAACAAACUCCUCCAGCAGUCACACCUGCAACUCAAAAGAAAACUUCCACAAGCAAGAAGAAGAAGCGCAAGGCGCGUCAAACGGCGUCCGCGCAAAAGGAAGAAUCCCCGCCGCGAGAAGAAGAACCGGCCAUCGACCCGGACGAACCGACCUACUGCCUCUGCGACCAGAUAUCCUACGGAGAGAUGAUCAUGUGCGACAACGACCUGUGCCCCAUCGAGUGGUUCCACUUCUCGUGCGUGACCUUGACCACGAAACCGAAGGGCAAGUGGUACUGCCCCAAGUGCCGGGGCGACAGGCCCAACGUGAUGAAGCCCAAGGCGCAAUUCUUGCGGGAGCUGGAGAAGUACAACAAAGAGAAAGAGGAGAAGACAUAGUGGGGAAUGGGAGUGUUUUUUUAAGGGAUUAUAUUGUCGAUUUUACAGAGGGAGCGCGUAUUAUUAAACGUUUUUUUGAUUUUUAUG